AUGGGGUCAUCUCUUGAUGCGGAGAAACGAUGGGUAACGGAUCUGGAAAAUCAGAAUAUCGAUGGUUCUAGAAGGCUGCGACAUUUAUUAAUGACAUGUGCGGAUCCUAUCGAAACGAUCAAAAAUUUCCAGGAACGAAAUAGUAUUAAGCUACCGACAUUAAAUCCUGCAUUACGACUUCUCGAUUUGCAUAAUAUUCGCAGGACAGAAUUUCAUGAAGAAGCAGCUAAUAAUAUAUCGGACUUGCUGCUUGCAAAAAUCAAAAGUCUAGGUGCGGCAAGAACUAUAGAAUCAGUGCAGUUAUUAGAAAAGCAGCUGGAGAAAAGUUUCAAACUGUAUCGAGUCCCUAGCAUUCGGCCUUUUGUGUUAGAAACACUGAAGCAACUACCAAAAGCUCCAGAUCGGUACUUAAAAGUCAUUGUGACUGAUCGGGAAUUUUACGACAGUUGUGCGGUUACAGUACGACAACAGAUUUGGCUGAAGAACGAUUCAUUAUACAUAGAUGCAAUACUUCCGGUUAUAGAUUCCUAUAUUGAUGAAAAGCAGAAAGUUAUGCAGACAGUGGACCAGUCACCAACGAACUAUUUUACAUGUGAAACUACUAAAUCCAGACGGCAAUGGUCGCAAAUUUUAGAGCUAAUGACAAUGGUUGGUCAUCAGGAACCGUUAUAUCGACGAUUGAACAACGUUAUCCGUGAACGUUUUCUGAAAUCGGCUGAUGCAAUAUACUGUUCAUUGCGAAUGGAGCUUGUGAUGUCUGCUCAUGAUUUAAAUAUUGAAUCUGUGAUCCGAUCAGAUCCAUGUCAUGACUUGGCUUGGUGUUUGGAUGCUUGUGUCAGAGACAAACAUUUGGAUGCGCAACAGACAAUCAAACUGAAAAAUAUAUUGGAGUCAACGAAAAAAACUAAAGCGGAAGUAAUUGGGGAUUUAGCAAUGAUUGCUGGUGAUGCACAUGUUAUACACUUCUUAUGCUCAAUGGCCAUUAAAGUAUUGCGCGAUUCAGCUUUGCAUGCUACUGGUCAAUUGCCGAGAGAAUUAGUUCCCUUGCAACUUCUGCUGAGGUUAUUAUCAUUUGGAGCUUCUGCACAUAGCGUCUUAUCAACUAACGAUAUAACUGCCUUGCAGAAUGUUGACGCCGUCGUUUUUACGAAAUUUCUAGCUUCUUUUACUACAUUUAUUGUAGAGGACGUAAUACGAUAUGAACUCAGUCGGGCGCCAGAUGAAAUUAUUGACGAAAAUCCUGCGAGUGAUUUUCUUUCUGAUCCGUCCGAAGAAAUGUUGGGUUUCUUAAAGACGGAUAUGACGUGUGCGUUACUCUGGGUUCAUUAUAUUUUGGAUGUUCUUUCAAGCAAGCGUCGUGUUUCAGAUUUGCCAGGCAUUAUGCGAUACCUGAAAGCACUACCUCGCUUAAAAUAUAAGGUUUCCUUUUGUGAUCCAUGGAUACAUCUGGUAAUUCAUCGGUUGCUACAAUCUGCACCGUUUGACCAUCUUUUAUCAACCGAGCAAGCAUCACAUUUCAUCAUAGAAGAAUAUCUGUUGAAAGGAUUGGAUCGCUACCCUGGUGUGAAGUAUCAUCUUCUACGUAUUGUGCAUCUGUUAUGGUCUUCAGUUGGCGAGUUUCGUUGCCGUCUUAUCCUAGACAAAAUCGCACCAGAGAAAAUAUUCGAAUUAGGUGGCCCUGAAGUUGAGGUUGAUCUAAAACGUUACACUCAGGAAUACCAACGUAUACGGACGAAAAUGACGGAGAAAAGCUCGUCUGCGGAUGGAUCAGUGUCGAGUAUAUCAGGCACUACUGUACAGUCUCUUUCAGACUGUACAAUAACAGGAUGA